UAUUUUAAGCUUAUGACAUCACAACAUAGCAAACAAAGUGCAACUUUUCCUAUUUUCUUCUCUGUUUCUUUUCUAUCAUAAUGGCUCAGAAGCUUAGAAUGGCACACCAAGAAAUUUCUAUUGCUCUAGUGAUUCUAGUUGUUUUGUGUAUUAACAUGAAUAUGCAAGGAGCUAUAGCUGACUAUGGUGGUUGGGAGGGUGGUCAUGCCACUUUCUAUGGUGGGGGUGAUGCUUCUGGCACGAUGGGUGGAGCAUGUGGAUAUGGAAAUUUGUAUAGCCAAGGAUAUGGAACCAACACAGCAGCACUAAGCACUGCUUUGUUCAACAAUGGUUUAAGCUGUGGAUCUUGCUAUGAAAUGAGAUGCAAUGAUGAUCCAAGAUGGUGCAAACCUGGUUCUAUUAUUGUUACUGCUACAAAUUUUUGUCCACCAAAUCCAUCUUUGCCUAACAACAAUGGUGGUUGGUGUAACCCUCCUUUGCAACAUUUUGAUAUGGCUGAACCUGCCUACCUUCAAAUUGCUGAAUAUAGAGCUGGAAUUGUGCCUGUUUCCUUUAGAAGGGUGCCAUGUUUCAAAAAGGGAGGAGUAAGGUUCACAAUAAAUGGCCACUCUUACUUCAACCUAGUUUUGGUCACCAAUGUAGGUGGUGCUGGGGAUGUUCAUUCUAUAUCCAUCAAAGGGUCAAGAACUGGUUGGCAACCAAUGUCAAGAAAUUGGGGCCAAAAUUGGCAAAGCAACUCUUAUCUUAAUGGACAAUCCCUCUCAUUUCAAGUUACAACAAGUGAUGGUAGAACUAUGACCAGUUUCAAUGUGGCUCCAGCAAAUUGGCAAUUUGGUCAAACUUUCCAAGGAGCACAAUUUUAAAAUUUGCAAUAAGGGUUAGGUUAAUAGUUAGUGAAAAAGUUUGUAUACUUAGUAAGUUCAUUCUUGCAUUGCAGACCCAAAAAAAAAGGUUUCAUAAUUAUAAUAGCUAUUUAUUCUUGAAAAGUUGUAAUUGUGAUUUUAAAAGACCAGCAUCCCUUUAUUUUAUUGGUCUACAAAAGUAGCUGAGGUGGUUAUUAGCACCCGCUGGUCACUUUCUUAUAUAUAUAGAAUAUACAUAAAUAUGGAGAGUUUUA